AUGGCGAACUCUAGCAUAAUGACGGGCCACCUUGCUGAAUUCAACCCCGACCACCCCGAACGGUGGGAGACCUACACAGAACAGGUCGAGUGCUACCUGAGGGCUAACAUGAUCAUGGACGACAACCGAAUGAGAGAUGUCCUGUUGAGCGUCAAAAUGUCGGUCCUCAUCGAGGGUGCCCCCUGUCUUAUGGAGGUGGACUCAGGGUACUCUAUCUCCAUUAUUUCAGAGGAAACCCUAAGGAAACUAUGUCCCCGCUGCCGCCUCCAUCUGAGGCCGGCUGACUUUGUUCUGAGGGAUUUCCAAAAGAACCCGGUGCACAUCGUGGGCUGGGCCCGGGUGCGAGUGACAAUGGAUGAAGAAUAUGUACAAGGACAAGUCAAGAAGCUGCAAGAGCAAAGGAUGUCCAUGCAAAAGAAGACCUUCACCAAAUGGAUCAAUAUUGUUUUCUACAAGCACAAUGCAACCAUCAGGAUUCAAGAUCUCUACACUGAUAUGAAAGAUGGCAUUUAUCUCCUUCAGCUGCUCGAGCUGCUGUUUGGUGAACAACUGCCCAAGCCAACCAAGGGCAAGAUGAGGGUACAUUUUCUAGAGAACAACAGCAAAGCCAUCCAGUUCCUGAAAUCCAAGCAGGUACAUGUGAAUUUAAUUGGGCCUGAAAACAUUGUAGAUGAAGACCGAACCCUCAUCCUUGGGCUGAUCUGGAUAAUUAUACUCAGAUUUCAACUUGCUUCCAUCAGCCUUGAUACGGAAGAGUUUGGAUCCAGAGUUGAUUACUUGUCUGCAAACGAUGCUCUGCUGAUCUGGUGUCAGUGUAAGACAGCCAGCUACUCCAAUGUCAGUGUGAAGGACUUCUCCAAAAGCUGGUCUGAUGGGCUGGCCUUCAAUGCCCUUAUUCAUGCUCACAGGCCUGAUCUCAUCCAGUACAGCUCCUUGAGGCAUGACCAACCUAUCAAUAACCUAAAUAAUGCUUUCACUGUGGCUGAGAAGCACCUGGGGAUUACAAAACUACUGGAUGCUGAAGAUGUGGCUGUGCCCUUUCCUGAUGAGAAGUCUGUCAUGACCUAUCUGUCAUUCUACUACCAUUAUUUUUCCAAGCUGAGCCAAACUGUCCAGAAAAAGUUAGCUAAAACACAAGCAAAGCCAGGGAGACAAGCUAAUCUCUUCAGGAGUCCAGUCAUCCUAAAUAAGCAGCUCUAA